AUGUUUGGCAACAAUAGACCAAUGUUUGGAGGGAGCAACCUUUCCUUUGGAUCAAAUACGUCAUCCUUCGGUGGGCAACAAUCGCAACAACCAAACUCUCUUUUUGGAAAUAGCAAUAACAACAACAAUUCCACCAGUAACAAUGCCCAAUCAGGAUUUGGUGGAUUCACUUCUGCCGCUGGCAGUAAUAGUAACAGUUUAUUUGGAAAUAACAAUACUCAAAAUAAUGGGGCAUUUGGCCAGUCAAUGGGUGCCACCCAAAACUCACCAUUUGGGUCGUUAAACUCCUCAAAUGCCAGUAAUGGGAACACUUUUGGAGGAUCCAGUUCAAUGGGUUCUUUUGGUGGUAAUACCAAUAAUGCAUUUAAUAAUAACAGUAACAGUACCAAUUCCCCGUUUGGUUUCAAUAAACCGAAUACAGGAGGGACCUUGUUUGGUUCGCAGAAUAAUAAUAGUGCAGGUACUUCUAGUUUAUUUGGCGGCCAAAGUACAAGUACCACUGGCACAUUCGGAAACACCGGAAGUAGUUUCGGAACAGGCUUAAAUGGCAACGGCUCUAACAUAUUUGGGGCAGGGAACAACUCACAAAGCAAUACUACCGGCAGCUUGUUUGGCAACCAACAAUCUUCAGCGUUUGGGACAAAUAAUCAACAAGGAAGUCUAUUUGGACAGCAAUCUCAAAACACCAAUAAUGCGUUUGGUAAUCAAAAUCAGCUGGGGGGCAGUUCCUUCGGAUCAAAACCAGUUGGUUCAGGGUCGCUGUUUGGCCAGAGCAACAACACUUUAGGUAAUACAACCAAUAAUAGAAAUGGAUUGUUUGGUCAAAUGAAUUCCAGUAACCAAGGCAGUUCUAACAGUGGAUUGUUUGGACAAAACUCGAUGAACAGCAGCACUCAAGGGGUAUUUGGACAAAACAAUAAUCAAAUGCAAAUUAAUGGCAAUAACAACAACAGUUUAUUUGGAAAGGCAAACACCUUUUCAAAUUCCGCAUCAGGAGGUUUAUUUGGCCAAAAUAAUCAACAGCAAGGGUCCGGGCUGUUUGGUCAAAAUUCUCAGACAAGCGGUAGUAGUGGACUUUUUGGGCAGAAUAAUCAGAAACAGCCCAAUACUUUUACCCAAUCUAAUACAGGAAUAGGUCUCUUUGGACAGAACAACAACCAGCAACAACAAUCUACAGGUUUGUUUGGAGCCAAACCAGCAGGUACCACAGGAUCUCUUUUCGGUGGUAAUUCAUCAACCCAGCCUAACUCUCUUUUCGGUACUACCAAUGUACCUACCUCUAAUACACAGUCACAACAAGGAAAUAGUCUUUUUGGUGCCACGAAGCUGACCAACAUGCCCUUUGGAGGAAAUCCCACUGCAAACCAGUCAGGGAGUGGAAACAGUCUAUUCGGAACUAAACCUGCCUCCACUACCGGCUCAUUAUUUGGAAACAACACAGCUUCUACGACAGUACCUUCCACGAAUGGAUUGUUUGGUAACAACGCUAACAAUUCAACUAGCACUACGAAUACGGGACUUUUCGGUGCAAAGCCUGAUUCUCAGUCCAAACCUGCAUUAGGGGGAGGGUUAUUCGGCAAUUCAAACUCGAAUUCUUCCACAAUCGGCCAAAACAAACCAGUUUUUGGAGGCACAACCCAAAAUACAGGACUCUUUGGCGCCACCGGCACGAACUCUUCAGCAGUUGGUUCAACUGGUAAACUUUUUGGCCAGAAUAAUAAUACGCUUAAUGUUGGUACACAAAAUGUACCACCUGUGAACAAUACCACCCAAAACGCCCUUUUGGGUACAACGGCAGUUCCUUCCCUACAACAAGCCCCAGUAACUAAUGAACAGCUUUUUUCCAAAAUAUCAAUCCCUAACUCUAUUACAAAUCCAGUUAAAGCAACAACUUCAAAAGUGAACGCAGAUAUGAAAAGAAAUAGUAGCCUCACGUCUGCCUAUAGACUUGCCCCAAAGCCGUUAUUUGCUCCCUCUUCGAAUGGCGAUGCUAAAUUUCAAAAGUGGGGCAAGACACUGGAAAGAAGUGAUAGAGGAAGCAGUACCAGCAAUUCUAUUACGGACCCAGAAUCAAGCUAUCUAAAUUCAAACGACUUGUUGUUUGAUCCAGAUAGAAGAUAUUUGAAACAUCUGGUGAUUAAAAAUAAUAAGAACUUAAAUGUCAUUAACCAUAAUGAUGAUGAAGCAAGCAAAGUUAAAUUAGUGACGUUUACAACAGAAUCAGCUUCAAAAGAUGACCAAGCCUCAUCAAGCAUUGCUGCUUCAAAAUUAACUGAAAAAGCACAUUCUCCUCAGACUGACCUAAAAGAUGAUCAUGAUGAAAGCACUCCUGAUCCUCAAUCGAAAUCUCCAAAUGGUUCCACCUCUAUACCAAUGAUUGAGAAUGAAAAGAUUAGCAGCAAAGUUCCCGGCCUAUUGAGCAACGACGUUACCUUUUUCAAGAAUAACUACUACAUUUCACCUUCCAUAGAAACGCUUGGCAAUAAGUCAUUAAUUGAACUUCGUAAAAUAAACAACCUAGUCAUUGGUCACAGAAAUUAUGGUAAAGUCGAGUUUCUGGAGCCCGUUGAUUUGUUGAAUACUCCUUUGGAUACUUUAUGCGGGGAUCUUGUCACCUUUGGACCAAAAUCAUGUUCAAUAUAUGAAAACUGUUCCAUAAAGCCAGAAAAGGGCGAAGGCAUUAAUGUACGUUGUAGAGUGACUUUAUAUUCCUGUUUUCCUAUUGACAAAGAAACAAGGAAACCUAUAAAGAAUAUAACACAUCCUCUACUGAAAAGAAGUAUAGCCAAACUAAAAGAAAACCCAGUGUACAAGUUUGAAAGCUAUGACCCCGUAACAGGCACCUAUAGUUACACCAUAGAUCACCCAGUUUUAACUUAA